AUUUAUGUAUGUAUCAUGAGAUUGUUCAAGCAAAUGUUAAGCGAUUUUGAGUGAUACCAGCUAUGAUAUGGUUUUUCGGUUCGCAAGUCAUCUAUGUCGCAAGUCACGCAAUCGCCAAUUCAAAGGCAAACUCGUCGUAGCAUGGUACACUGCGGUACACUGUGCACGCAAUACAAACAAACGAAGUACUUAGCGAAUACUAAUAUAAUAAAUAAUGGAAAGAAAACUGCAUAGUGGAAUUCAUCAUCCGACUUUGCGAAUGCUGCAAGAAUCAGGAUGUGAAAUAACUCCACACAAUUUAAUGUACCCGAUAUUUUUGAUAUGUGAUGAUGAUGCAGUCGAACCAAUUAAAAGUAUGCCAGGUCAAUCACGAAUGGGUGUAAAUCAAUUGCGAAAUUUUAUCGAACCGCUCAUACCCAAAGGACUCUCUUCAGUUCUUCUUUUCGGUGUUGUCGAUUCUUCGUUGAAAGAUGAUCGAGCUAGCAAUGCUGACUCUGAUAUAAAUCCGGUAAUGCGAGCAUUACCUUUGUUGAGAAAGUGGUUUCCAAAUCUUUUAAUAGCAUGUGACGUAUGUCUAUGUCCGUACAUGAAACAUGGACAUUGUGGCAUUCUUGGUGAAAAUGGACUAUUGAACGCACAGAGCAUUGAACGCUUGGCAGAGGUUGCUGUUUCCUAUGGUCUUGCGGGAGCACAUAUUGUCGCCCCUUCAGAUAUGAUGGAUAAUCGUAUUCGUGCAAUUAAAGAAGCAUUAAUAGCAGCAAAUUUGGAAAAUAGAGUAUCUUUAUUGUCGUAUUCUGCGAAAUUUGCAUCAAACUUUUAUGGUCCCUUUCGUGAUGCAGCGAAGUCGGCGCCAGCAUUCGGUGAUCGUCGUUGCUAUCAACUCCCUAGUGGGUCUAAGGGACUGGCUAUUAGAGCAGUUCAUAGAGAUGUUAUGGAAGGAGCAGAUAUGUUGAUGGUUAAACCGGGCAUGCCGUAUCUGGAUAUUUUGCGUCAGACAAAAGACACUUAUCCAAGUCAUCCGUUGUAUGUAUAUCAAGUCAGUGGGGAAUAUUCUAUGCUACAUUUCGCUGCCGAGAAUGGUGCAUUCGAUCUAAAGGAUGCUCUAAUGGAGACGAUGAAAGGAUUUCGUCGGGCAGGGGCUGAUUGCAUUAUAACGUACUUCACUCCUACUUUGUUAGAUAUAUUAUCUGAACUCAAAUAGCGUAGAGUUAGUUUACUUUUAAAUGUUUGCCUAACUAUGUAUAAACAUUUUAAUAUAUUAAUUUUGUCAUCGAAAUUAAAAACAAAAUCUUUUAAUUACUAAUAGAAAACAGCAUUUAUGGCAGUGAUAGUAAUUUUUGAAUUCAAUAAUGAUAAGGCCAUUUGAGCGAGGCAGUUCUGGAUACACAUAGCAAUGAUUCAGUAAUUUUAAAUUUAAAUCCAUUAUCAUUUUAUAACUUAAAAGUAUGGUGUGUUAACUUAAUCUAUACUACUAUUAUAAAGAGGAAAGAUUUGUAUGUAUGUUUGUAAUGAAUAAACUCAGAAACUAC